AUGGUUGAAGAAUUCCAAAAGAUAGGAGCCACAACGGGAGUUGAUGGUGGCAUUUCGAGUUUCAAAGAUACUGGUCAACGAGUCAAAGUAUCUCUGAAUGAUAUGAUAUAUCCUUGCAUUGCUAGUGUUUGUGUUAUUGUUGAAAUAGUAGCAAAGAUAAUAUCAAGAAUGGUUAUGAUGGUUCUUUUCGCUGCAAACGGAUCUGUCAAACUGGGAAGAAUAUUGUCGCUGUUGUCUACAUUCCCAGAGGUCGUCCAAAUCGUUGGACCGACUAUUGUCCCAUUCUUUGACUCUACCGUUGGGAUCUACGUGUAUUACAGACGAAUCAAGCAUUGCAUUGUUUGCAAGAAUGAUCCCAAUGUUAGGAAGGUUAUGCCACUAUUGGCAUGGGUCCAAUCAAUUGUUUCUCCUCCCCAAGAUUCAGAUUCAGAUUCAGAUUCAGACUCUGGUUCAACUUCAUCUUCAUCUUCUCAAGAUCCAAACAAUGAUGGUGGUCCGAUUGUUAUCGAUGGUUUCGAAGACAUUGAUGUCUGUCACCUCUUUGCAUACGUCUAUGCAAAGAACGCCUUUCCUUUAGGCUUCACAACUCUGCCCCAUCCAGUGGGGUUCCAGUUCGUCUUGUUUCGAUAUUUGGUGGCAUACUGCGACGAGGCAACCGACCCCAAUGUCUACAACAUCUCGACUCUUAGAACCCGUAGAAUGUUUAGAGACGAUACAUAUGCCAACCUUCUCACGGAAAACACCAAGUUGUUGGUGAAAUUUCUCAUCAAGAAGCAAGUCGUCCACUUGUUGGGACGCAAUCGAUUUGUGAACCAACAGACUACCAAUAACCGUAUUGCCUUCAAGUUCCCUACAGAGUCCGAAAAGGUGGUCCUCCAUACCUACAUUCGCCGCAAAUGUUUUGGUGCUCAAUAUUUGGAUAUACCAUAUGGUAUCAUUGACAAAUACUUUGACUCGUUGAUCUCUGUAUUUGAAACCCGAAAUGCCACCAUCAACUCCCGCUCUGGCUCCUAUCUUUUGGGAUUCUCUCAAGAUUGUCCAGAUAUUGAUACUAUAGAUAAAUCACUCAACCAUAGUUUCAAGAAUGUUGCCGGAGCCAACAACUGCUACCUGGAUGCCGCCAAAUGGUUCCACUCUUUCGAUUGGAACAAAACCAAUGUGUCAAUAUUUUUGAUUACCAUCGACAACCUCUCAAAUAACAAAGUGUUGACUUCCAUUGCCAAACGUGGAGUGAUCAAAGUACGGAAUGACGAAGCCAUCGUUCGUAACGCCAGGCGAGAUCAAAUGAAUAAGAAACAACAACAACAACAACAACAACAACAACAACAACAACAACAACAACAACAACAACAACAACAACAACAACAACAAUCAACCAAUCAACCCAAUCAACGAAACAACAAUCAACCAAAUCAACCAAAUCAACCCAACAACAACAACAACAACAAUCAACCCAAUCAACGAAACAACAAUCAACCAAAUCAACCCAACAAUAACAACAAUAACAACAACAAUCAACCAAAUCUACUCAAUCAACCCAACAACAACAACAACAACAACAACAAUCAACCAAAUUUACCCAAUCAACGAAACAACAAUUACAAAUCCCUCGACCAGAUUAGGAAGCAGUUCGAGGAUCAAGAUAUGAACCAAAUCAAUCGUGUAUGGUUGUUUGCUCGCCAGAGCACUGGAAACGAGGGAGGCCGUGUCACAGAAGGCUUGCAAAAGCAGGUAGCAAAGCUAUUGGCACUCUUCUCCAUCAUCUUCCUUGUGCCCUCUAGUCCCUUCUAUCUAUCGCCCCUCAACAAGACCCCCAAGAGUCACAACACUAUAGUGUUUACUAUUAUCCUUGUACUAAUGGAUAUAGACAACACUACCUCUACUACCAGUACAACUAGUACAACCUCUACCACCAGUACAACUUCUACUUCUACUGCCAAUGUCAUGACCAAGGAAGAGUAUCGCAACUUUCAUCACCAAACAAUAAUCAAGUACCGCCAAUACAAACAAAAGCAAGACUUGGUCAGUCAACACAUUGCCAUCUUCUCGGCCCUCGAGGCCAGAUACAACAACUGCAGCGAUCCAGACGAACUCAUCGCGAUCCAAGACGAAACCGAUUUCGAGCAUGCGGACCGUGACGAAGAGGUGAAACGACUCCAGAGUGAAAUCUUCACACUCGAGGGAGAGAUCGAAUGUGAGAAGGUUAGAUUGGAAUCAUAUUGGUAUCAAGUCUUUGCCAAUGAGAAAGAAGAAGAACAAGUAACUCCUGUUAACAACAGCAACAAUAACAACAAUAACAACAAUAACAACAAGAAUACCAAUACCAAUACCAAUACCAACAACAAUAACAAUACCAGUACAACUUCUACUUCUACUUCUACUGCCAAUGUCAUGACCAAGGAAGAGUAUCGCGACUUGUGCCAACAAACAAUAAUCAAGUACCGACAAUACAAACAAAAGCAUGACUUGGUCAGUCAACACAUUGCCAUCUUCUCGGCCCUCGAGGCCAGAUACAACAACUGCAGCGAUGAUAUCGAACAAUUCUUCGCGAUCCAAGACGAAACCGAUUUCGAGUAUGCGAACCGUGGUGAAGAGGUGCAACGACUCAAGAGUGAAAUCCUCGCGCUCGAGGGAGAGAUCAGAGGUGAUAAGGCUAGAAUGAAUUCAUAUUGGGAUCAAUUCAAAGUCAAACAAGAAGAACAAGCAACUCCUGUUAACAACAACAACAAUAAUAACAACAAGAACAACCAACAACAAAUUAUUACUUGCAAGAAUUGCAACAAUCAAUUGACAACAACUCAAUACCAAUCUCACCGAUUCAGAUGUGCCAACCAACUAGGUCAGGUCAAUUGCCCAGGUUGUCAAACAUGGAGACAUCUCGAAGAUAUGGAAGAACACAUGGAGUAUACUUGUGGCAAGCUCGAAGAGGCUGACGCCCAAGCCCUAGCCAAAGAGGCUGAUGAAGACACCGACAGUGAGAGUGAUGACGAGAAUAGCCACAAGCCACACGUUUCGCGUGAGCCAAUAGGUAAUUUGGUAAGAAGGGCUGCCCAAGAUGCCAAAUUCAAAGACAUCGAAUUGCCCAAUGGCGAGUUCCUUCUCGAGCGUGCUGUACGUUGUUUGGAACAAGUUUACAACAAUGUAUCUGUUCACUCAAACUCUAUCUUUACUGUUACUUCGAGCAAUCACGAACUAGUGCAAAAGUAUGUCCCUACUACAACAACAACAACAACUACUACUACUACUACUACUACUACUACUACUACUACUACUACUACUACUACUACUACUACUACUACUACUACUACUACUAUCUUUGCAAUUGUACUAACCUAA